GCUUUCUCGCAUCUGGUCCGAGCGCGAGUAGGGAGGGAGAUUGGAUCGGACGUAAAGCUCUAGUUCGUCUCCAAGAGCAAGCGUAUCGAAUGCGCAAGUGUACGCUCACCCAAUAGAUGGUCACGAAGCGAACACAGUAACCCACCCUUCGCUUCCAUGAGGUGUAUGCCAAUUCUAACCAGGCUGCGACUAGCGCUGCUUCUCGAACCACUGCCACAUCGUUACGUUCAUUUGCUACAACACCGGCGUCAGCGACAGUCCAGACUGCUCUCUCGUCAGCGGCACCGAUAUCCCAGGAGGACCCUCCCCCGCAGUGAUUGCUGGCAUCCCUAUAGCUGCUGUAGUGGGCUUCCAGCUGCUCGCACGGGCUGUCACACAAGUGUUGUUGCGCUGAGGACACCGCGCAAGACCAGCAGCGCCGCCGCAGCCGGCAACAUCAUCUCGCCCCUCGGAGAUGGCCGUCGCCGAACCAGCGAUUCACGAAGUCGAAGGCCACCGGAAGCCGCACGGCCUGUUUGAGGUUAAGGAGCUGGACAAUCAGAGUCGCAUGGCUGAGACGAGUUCGAACAGGCCAAGAGUGGAGCCGCCCGGCCACGUGCAAGACUAAGUAAUUAUCGUGUGCCAUCAACUGCAUUACUAUCAAGGAGGUCCGGUACUGUGUCUCAGAGUGGUGAUUGUUAGCAGCGUCGCUAUAC